AUGGCUACCACGCAAUCGUACACGCCCGACGCGCACCGGCUGGCGGCAUCUUUGCCCGCCAUUUACGCCAGCCACCCGGCCGCCCAGGGCCUGGCGGCCGCCCGCCGAAUCACCGUUACCGCCGCCGAACUGCAGGCUGCCGGCUGGGGCAACCCCACCGAUCCGGCUGUCAUCAACACCGCUGCGUUGCUGCUGCUUGCCGGCCUCCCCGAUGCGGCCGACCGUCCCGGCGUAUCUGCUGCCAUCGCCGAAGCGUGGCUGCGGGGCGCUGGCGCUCCGGGCGAAUUUGUGGCUGCGGUAUCAGAUGCUAUAGCCGGCGCCUGGCGGGAGCUGCAAACCGUUGCCGUGGCCGCAGAUCAAGCAGGCAGCGCGGUACUGGGCAACAACGGAUUGCUGCUCGGACACGCGGCUCUGCUCGACCUGGUUGCCCUGGAACGCCACCGCGACUACUUGCGUGAAGUGCCGCCGACCGGAAGCGAAAGGUAUCUUUCUGCAUACCGUCAGGGAUGUUUGAUCCCGGCGCUGCUCCUCGGUCCGCGCUUGUCGAUGCCCGCGGCGAUGGCGAUGUACGCGUCGCGUAUGCCAAGUCUGGCCGAGUUUCUGGACGAGCAGGAUGCCGCCCUGGUGCCAACCGACUGGCGUCGACUGGCCCAGGUGGGUGAUGUGCAGAAAGGCGUGGUGCGCCUGCUGGCCGGCGAAGACCCGGCGUUGGUCAAGUCGGAGAUGCCGCCGCCCGGAUUGCCCUACGCCGAAUACCGUGGACAGCAACGCUCCGUCAUCGCCGGCAGCCACGACCUCAUCCUGAACCUUACGCACGACCGCAUCGAGGCGUCCCGCAACGUCGCCGCCGAAAAGUACCUGGAAAGCGAUACCAUUCACAAGCCGGCGGUCGAGGAAAACCUUUUCGUCAGCGCCCGUCGCCGUGCCCGCCAACUGGGAAUGUCUGCGGAGACGGCGGAAGACAUCGCCCGCCUGCUCCUCUCCAACGCCCGUGCCGUGCAGGAGCGCACUCUCAACGACAUCGCCCAGCGGCUCAGCCGGCUGCACGGGCAAAUCCUGGAUGCCGACUCUCCGGAGUCGCGCACCGAAGAGCAGGACAUGGCCAUACCGUCGCUGGUGGUGCGCACCGGCGACCAGCCACUGGCCCGAGAAAACGAACUCAUCAAGGAGCUGCGCGUAACCGGGCUCAACGAAAGCUAUCCUGAACAGCGCCGGCAGUUCGCCCAGUGGUUCGAUGCUCCUCAUCCCUACAUGGAAACCGGCCAGAUUGUCGCCAGCCGCGACGCCGACCUGUUCCUGCAAGCCCUCACCGAUGGACAACGCUGCAAGGUCGUCCUCGGGUUCCGUGACCUGGAACUGACCCACGCUGCCAUUCGCGACACUCGGGAGGAGCGGCGGCAAGGCCGGUCGGACACCGGCCACCCCAAUGUGCGGUCCACCGCUCGCCAGGCCAUGCACGACCGUUUGCUUACCCUGGCCGCCGCCGGCCUCGAUUUGCACCGCACCGACGCCUACCUGCAGAUGGAUCGCCUGGCCAUCACGGAAACGGCGUUCGCCCUGGGCAGCGCCAUUCCCCUCAGCUUGCUCAACUCGGCGUUGGGUUUGCGCCUGCGCGACAGCGCUACCGAUACCUUUCUGCCUCUUUUGCGCCUUGCUGACAUUCUGCACACCCAGCAGGCUGAGUCGGGCGGGCCGUGCCGCACGCUGGUGCUCGACGGCCUCGGCGGUGAUGUGUACGUCCGCAUGGCCCGCAACGUGGCCGAGGAGUUCGGGUUCAUCAAGCCGUCGGCGUUGUACUUGCGUAUGGUCCGCAGCCUUACCAUCUACCACGACCCGCGCACCGGCUCAGCCGUCGAGGUGAUGACCAACCGCGUGCCCCCGGGGAGCAUCACAUAUCGGGACGAUGCCGACGAAGUGCGCCGGCGCAUCGGGCGGGCCUACACGGGUGGUCGCCAGACGCUGGAAGAGCAACGGCGGCUCGGUGGCAAUCCCGACCCCCGGGUCUGCGGCGUCGCCAGCCUGCACGCUUUCCACGCCACCACCGGAGCCAGCGAUUUCACCGAACUGCAACGCCAGUGUCGCGCCGGCGAGUUGCUGUGCGGUCAGUGCAAAGCAUCGGCGACGGAUCGCCUGAUAAAAUACCUGCAAGAGCACCGGCUAGCCGGGCAGGAUUUGCCGCCGGAAACCUUGCAGCGCGCCCGCGAUUUGGCUGGUCUGGACGCCUGA